GUUCACUUUCCUUCCUGCUCCUCACCGCGUGUGUUCCUGACCCUGUGCUCGUAUUAUCGCUAAAUUCCCGCAUCAUCCUGCCUUUCCCAGCGAUGGUCGGCUGUUUUACGUGUAGUGUAAGUUGGUGUGUUUGUGUGUGACAUCGCCAAAGAUUAUGAUCCUGCUCAUCCACAAAGAUGGCAGUGAGGGGGGGCAGCACAGUGUUCAUUGAUGCCUCGGCACUUGGGGAGCUGACGAGCCAGCUGACGUCCCAAGACCUAGAGAGUCUGGUGGGCAACAUCCAGCCGGCAGACUUGAAGGCUCUGCAGGAGGCAACUGAGGGUCAUGUGGUGAACACUCCUGGAGUGCUCAUCUCUGAUGGGGUGACAGUGGGCAACAUUGUGGAGGUGGAGGGUGGUGAGAGUGGAGUGCUGGAAGAGUCUCAGCAGCUGGACUCCCAUGCUCACCACCAGCCAAUGGAAGUGGACACCCUCACUGACCAUGACCAGGUCAUUGGUGAAAUGGACAUGCUGCAGCAGGGUGGUGAGCUGAUUGGCAUGGCAGGAGAGGAGAUGUCCACAGGCGGUGAGGCUGCCACCACCUCGGCUCUGCUGGCUUCUGUGUCUUCGGGUGACUCCUCUUCCUCCCAGAUAGUUUCAGAGACGCCACAGCUCAUAAAGAGCAGCUUGGGCCAGUUUGUAGUUCUGCAGCAGAACCAGCAGAAUAACAUCUCUAUUGGUUCCAUGGCCAACCGAAUCAUCACAUCGGGCGGCCAGGUGGUGAGCACAGUGUCGGGCCCUAGCAGCAGCAACAACAGCAAGCCGGUGGUGGUGAACACAUCUCAGCUCAGUGGGGGAGUGAGGCAGCAGAUGGUGGUCACCUCGCAGGCCCACCCAGUGCGGACGGUGCAGUUCAAGCAGUCAUCGCAGACCCAGUCACACAACAGCAGUGGUACGGUGACCAAGGUGAUCAUCGGCAGUCAGGCUGGCGGGGGCAUGAGCAACAUUGGGAGCCAGCAGGUGCGCCUCAUCACCAGCCAGAGUGGUAAUACUGCAGCCUCCCCUGCCAAGCUGACCUUGCAGCAGGCACAGCAUGUGGGCUUCUUGCCAUCCUCCAAGCCACAGGGCCAAUCUCCAAACAAGAUUGUUGUGCAGCGGGUGAGUAUGGGUGGAGUGUCCCCUGUGAAGAGUCCCAAUAAGUUGGUCCCUGUGUCCUCCAAGUCACCCACCAAAAUUGCCCCAGCCCCUCCUUCCACACAGCAGAUUUUAACUCAAGUGAGCAGUGGUGGAGCUGUGAGGAACAUUCUUUCAAGUCCUCAGAAGAUUGUCAUAAAGAGCAAUAUUCCUCAACCUGGACAGGGGACAGUGAGCACCGUCCGGAGUGGCCAGAUUGUCACUUCUGGGGGACAGCAGGUCAUCAAGAUUCCAGCCAAUCAAGUGCAGCAACUGACAGCACAGCAGCAAAAUGUGCAAAUUCUCUCCAAUAAGGGGAACAAGCAGCGGGUGAUCAUCCCAGUGUCCGGCUCAGGCUCGUCCAAUGUGUCAGGUGGGAUGCCUCAGACCAACCUGACCCUCCCAGCCUCUGCCCUGCCCCCAGGAGUCCUUUCCAACACCCAGCCAGGUUCAAUGGUUAUGAUCCCAGCUCACUACAUGUCACAGCUUCAGUCAAACACUACAAGCAACAGCACAAUUCAAGCAUCAAACCAGAUUCCUCCAGGAACCAUUAUCCCACACACCACAAAGCCACAGCCUUCUCGCACAAUCAUUGAUGCAAAUGGGAUCAGACUAAGAAAACCUUGCAACUGUAAAAAGAGCCAGUGUCUUAAAUUAUACUGUGAUUGCUUUGCAAAUGGAGAAUUUUGCAACAACUGUAAUUGUGCAAACUGUUUCAACAAUUUAAAUCAUGAGGAGGAUAGACAGAAAGCAAUCAAGGCAUGUUUGGAUAGAAAUCCCCAAGCUUUCCGGCCAAAGAUUGGCAAAGGUGGAAGCGAUAAUGAAAGGAGACACAACAAAGGCUGCAACUGUAAGCGGUCUGGGUGCCUGAAGAACUACUGUGAAUGUUAUGAGGCCAAGAUCCCAUGCUCCAACAUGUGCAAGUGUGUGGGCUGCAAGAAUGUGGACAUGACACCAGCACUGGAGAGGAAGGGACUGAUGCAGCUGGCCAAAUGUGCUGAAGCACGGGUCAAUCAGCAGAAGGCCGUUAAAUCAAAAUUACCUUCAUUCUCACAUCACUCACCCAAUAAAAUGAUUCUUCCUACCUCUUCAAAAUCUGGUUACUAUCGAAUGAACCAGGAGGUGGUGGAGGCAACAUGCCAGUGUUUGCUAGCACAGGCAGACAAGGCAGAGGGAGCCUUGGUGUCAGCUGCUCAGUUGGAACAAACAGUCAUCUCGGAGUUCUCACGAUGCCUAAUGCAGAUCAUUGGCAGCUACACGUCACGAUCUAGAGUUGUGAAGGAGAAUGUCAGUCUGGUAAUAUCUCGCCAGCUGCUCUCAGACGUCUCUACGCAACUCACAUCCAUGGCUGAUGGUGUGGCAAAGACAGUAGCCCACUUCACUCUUGAUAAAGUUCAGCCUCAAGUCAUCAGCUUUAAGGAACAAGUGGCCAGCAUCAGGCAACACCUUGCUGACAUAUAUGAGAGGGAGAGUUCCUGGAGAGAAGCAGCAGCUGUUCUUACUGGAAUUCCUCUCGAAACAGGACAGAAGCAGUACAGUGUUGACUAUAAGCUGGAAACCUACCUCAAGAUUGCCCGCCUCUAUCUGGAGGAUGAUGACCCAGUGCAGGGAGAGGCAUAUAUUAACAGAGCCAGCAUCCUGCAGGCAGAGUCCAAGAAUGAACAGCUGCUCAUCUACUACAAAGUUUGUUAUGCAAGAGUUUUGGAUUACCGACGGAAGUUCAUAGAGGCAGCCCAGAGGUACAAUGAGUUGUCUUACCGACCCAUCAUUCAUGAGGAUGAGAGGAUGGAAGCUUUGAAGAAGGCUCUCAUCUGUACUGUCUUAGCUUCAGCAGGCCAGCAGCGAUCCAGGAUGCUGGGGACGCUGUUCAAGGAUGAGCGUUGCCAAAAGCUGCCCUGUUAUCAUAUCCUGGAGAAGAUGCACCUUGACAGGAUCAUCCGCCACAAUGAACUCACAGAAUUUCAGAACAUGCUGCAGCCACAUCAGCAGGCCACCACAUCAGAUGGGUCUACCAUUCUGGACAGAGCUGUUACAGAACACAACCUGCUGGCAGCUAGCAAGCUUUAUAACAACAUAACAUUCUCUGAACUUGGGGCUCUCCUUCAAAUAUCUCCAGCAAAAGCUGAGAAAAUAGCCAGCCAGAUGAUUACUGAGGGACGCAUGAAUGGGUACAUUGAUCAGAUUGAUGGCAUCCUCCACUUUGAGGCACGUGAUGUCCUUCCUCAGUGGGAUAAGCAGAUCCAGUCUCUCUGUUUCCAAGUGAAUGGCAUCAUUGAAAAAACCAAUAUUGCACAUCCAGAAUGGGUGGCUAAGGUUAUGGAUGAACAAAUGAUGCAAUGAUAGAACAAAUUCCAGACUAGUGUUAUAAUUUGUUCCAGUAAGUAUGCAGGAUCAAGAGUUAUGGCAUGUGAAUUUGCAACAUGUGUUCUGGUUUACAUUUUUGAGUAUUACACUAAAGAUAGAUGUAAGAAAAUUACAGAAUAUUUGAAGUGCAAGAUAAAGAAGCUCAAUAAAAUUAUUGAACCAUAAAAUUCAUCCUCUUAACUACAGCUAAUGCCUAUGAUACAGGUUGGACAGGAAGACUUUAAGGUUAUCAGCCCAUCAUUACCACGGUCAUACCUUUUGCCCCUUCAUCCUGUCUGUCCUACCUCCCAUCACCUGCAUGUGGUCUGGUGUACAUACAUGUCUACUCUCACAACUGACCCUUGUAGGCUCCACAAACUGAUGGUACUUACAGGUGACUUGUUCUGUUACUUACCUUCUAAUCCAGCAGCAAGAUGUAGGAUGCUGUGUGCUCGGUGUUAAAUGUAUGUGUGUGUGCAUGCGCGCUUGCACCAGCGUGAUCUGGCAAGGUGAAAGGUGCGUUUUUGAAAGUUGCCAUGCUCCUCUCACCAUCUUCCUCCAGUCAGUGUUGUAAAUGUGAUGUUCACUACUUUACUGUCAAGGUGAUGUAAUUAAAGAAUGCUGAUUA